AGGCCGCACCCACAGCGCCAAAAUUCAAAAUCGCUUGUGACUCGUAUUGACGUCAUGUAAAUAACAUUAAAUAAAAGACUGUUUUAGAUGCUUUCGGUUAUUUUAAACACGAAUAUGAACCAUUACUGGUUGGACUCAAGCUAAACGGAAUCUUCUGAAACUUCGCAGUAAUAUGAAGAAUACCCCUGACGAACUUGGCACAUUUCAAUGAUCUGACCAUGAGACGGAGCCCAAGGAGACCCCUGAUUCUCAAAAGAAGAAAACUGCCUUUUCAUCAAAAUGCGACUGAUUCACAGCCUGGAGAAUCAGGCUCCAAAGAACCGUCAAAACCAGCUGCCGCUCAGAGCUUUUCUGAUGGUAUCCGCAUCAUGGACCAUCCUUCCAUGUCUGAUACUCAGGUGGUUGUCAUUCCGGAAAAAGCAGAUCUUCAAAGUGUUAUUGGGGCCCUCACAGCUAAAGGCAAGGAAUGUGGUGCCCAGGGCCCAAACAAGUUCAUUCUUCUGAAUGGAAGUGGAAGUGGCAACAAGUGGGACUUUGGACCUGAUUCUCAGUCUGCUGCUAAAGGGGCUGCUACAAAGAGUACAGAAGGACAUAAAGUUAAAGCUGAAACUACACGCAAUUUCCCAGUGAAUAAGGAUGUAAACUGCGGUCCUUUGGAUGACAGCCUCACCAACAUUCAGUGGUUGGGUAAGAUGAGCACAUGUGCCUUGGAGCCAAAUUCUACAAAGCAGCUCAGCAGCAAGGAGAACCAAAACCCUUUACCACAGACCUUUCAGGCACACAAUACACAUACCAGUGCAGAAGCUCCUCAGCAACCCAUUUCAGAGAGGCCACCAUACUCCUACAUGGCCAUGAUCCAGUUUGCUAUCAAUAGCAGAAAGAACAGGAGGAUGACCCUCAAAGAGAUUUACAUGUGGAUUGAGGACAAUUUCCCUUACUAUAGAGAUGUAGCCAAACCAGGCUGGAAGAAUUCCAUCCGCCAUAACCUCUCUCUGCAUGACAUGUUCAUUCGUGAAACGUCGCCAGAUGGUAAACUGUCUUUCUGGACUAUCCGACCUGAAGCCAAUCGAUGCCUCACACUUGAUCAUGUGUACAAGCCGGGCUGUGAUCCAAUGACUGCCACUGUUCCUGUGCCAAUGCUUUUACUGGCUAAUCAACACCAAAAGAGGACACUUCCAGAUGCAAGAAAAACACCAACUAGCUCUGAGAGAAAGAUGAAACCUCUUCUGCCUCGAACCGAUUCCUACUUGGUGCCCAUACAGCUCCCUGUCACGCCUUCUGUCUAUCUGCCAUCCACUUCUACUCCUUUUCCUCCACCCUUCUCCCAGCAGAAGGGGAACAAUUCACGAGCAGCAAAGAGAGUCCGCAUAGCACCGAAGGUGACACAAAGUGAUUCCCCAGCUGUGAUGAUAUCUCCUCAGAAGAAUACGGACUUUAAGGUAGAAGUGAAGGAGGAGCUGGUAUGUGUUCCAAUUAAAUGCGAGACCCCCAAAGCUCCUCCAAAGAGACAAGCCAGCAGCUCACGGCGCAAACAACGUUUGGUUCACUCUGUGAAUGAAGAGCCUGUUCUCCUCUGCCACGAAAGUAAUUUCUUUGACUCUGGCGUAGCCUCCGAUGCUUCGACAUUCCAGGACAAUCCACAUAUUGAGCUGGAUGAAGACAAGCACGAGCAGGAAAGCCCAGAUAGGGAGUUCUCAUUCAAAACCCCGAUAAAAAGUAGCAGCCAUUUGACCUCAUCCACCCCCAGCAAGCCACCUUCUUAUGUUGCACUUGAGUCUUGGAAAGUAACCCCGGUGGGCAAAGGAAGCCAAAAUAUUCUGGACUUCAGCCCUAUUCGUACACCAGGUGGUCCUACAGUUACUCCACGACACGACUACACCACCUUCAGCUUCAGCAGCACUCCCUUUAAAGACUUGCCUCUGUUUAACUCCCCAAGAGAGCUGCUCACAUCCGCUCCCUCCAGAGUGACCGGACCAGCAGAGUCGCCCACCGAAUGCCUCAAAAGUAGCUGCUCCAGAGAGCUCCUGCAGGGAGGCGGUUCCACAGCAGCCAAUCGCUCAAUCACAGAGGGCCUGGUUUUGGAUACCAUGAACGACAGCCUGAGCAAGAUAUUGGUGGAUAUUAGCUUUUCCGGUCUGGAUGAUGACGACCUUGGUAUGGCGAACAUCAGCUGGUCUGAGUUCAUCCCUCAGUUGAAAUAGCCAGAGGGCCGAAACACAUUCUAUGGCUAAGCAGUGUCACCUGUGUCUUUUUCCUUUUUUUUCUUUGUGUAAACACUACGUGAUUAGGCCCACACCAAAGCAGCAAGGCAGAAACAAAUCUAGAUCUGACACUAUUUAAACCAUCCGACUUUUCCAUAUUGAAGAGGAUUUCUCUCAAUAGAAAGUGAGGCUAUUGGCGUAGGAAGAAAUUUCUAGUGCUCUAGAAUGCUCUAAUUUACUCUGGUUGUCAAAAAUUCAGAAGCAUAUCUAUGAUUAUACCAAAACAACUUCAAAUAAGGCCCACUUGAUGCUGUCAUUUUAAACUUCUUAUUGGAGACUUAUUCGGACUUCCUUUUUGCUGUAGUUUAGGAGCUUUUAGCUUCAAGUUUCUUUUACAUCUGCUUUGCUGCUGGAGGGUUCUGGCUACCACAUGAGGGGGAAAAAUGUAACAUAGUUAAAUAGAUUGCAGGGAUGAUCCAGUUUCAAUUACUGUUUGAUGUUUUUACCUUCUCUGAGUUUUUCAUUCUUUGAAAUCAAUAAUUGCCUCGGUGUCACUUCUUUUUCUUUAAAUUUCUUCACAUAUUUGGGCCUCUUUGUGUUUUAUGUUUUACCUUUUUUGUCUUAUUUGUCUGUCUUCUUGAAGGACAUGCAUAAGAAGAGAAAUAUGUAAGUGUAUAUGUAUGUUGAUUUGCACAUUUUAAUAUAUAAUUUAGCUUCUACACAAAUUUUAAAGUAUGUGAUAUUUUCUGAUCAGCCAGCAAGAUGCUUCACUGCAGUUUGAGUCAGCGUCUUAGAGCUGACUUAGAGUAAUAGAUUGUGAUGGAGGAUUGCUAGUAAUAGGCCUUGACAAAUAGCACUAACAGGAACAGGACUGUUUCUUUAUCUAACUGUAGAACUGUCUUUAUCACAUGACUUCAUAAAUUCUCACAGUAAUUCUCCUUGUGUAUGCUAGUAUCAUUCAUUUUCAGAGCACCUUUAACCUACAAAAAAAUGCAUGCAGUGACUUCAUCCACACAGUCUUGGAGUUUAAUAUUCACUAGUUUUUGCAACCCCAACUUUGGAGGAUAAAUACCUGUUUUUAAACAUGCCACAAAAUGUUGCAUACCUAUAAUGACUUCAUUAGUCCUUUGUUGAUGUGAAACUUGAUGGUUUAGUGAGGCUUUGCCGCGCAUUGAGGUAUUUCUGUUUAUAUUUCAAUAAAGAUGUAAACUAUCA